CGGCCGUCCUCUCAGCAUUCCGCCGACCGCCGGUAUUAUUUCUGAUGUGCAGGCCGCUGCCUGUUUUCCGCCACGGCACCUACCUGACGCGUCACCGGAAUAACCAACGUAGUGUGAAGUAGUGAGGACGGACGUUGUCGUCAUUUGCUGUAAAAAUCGGAGUUUGUAACUUAACUUUUUUGCCAGGCUCCUCCCACUGCCCCAGCUGACAUCCCUCCUCAGCUGGACCUCUGGGUCGGAGCUCAUAAACACAACGUUUGACUCCAAAACCUGGCCCAAAGUUUUACCUUUCAUGAGCCAGUAGCAGCCUGACCUCUUAACACCCCCUUAUGCCUGCUGUUGACCGCUGGGUAGACUGACACGGUGAGCAGGAGACAGAUCCGGCUCCAGGAUGCCGGGGUCCCUUCCAUUCUACCAGAAGCACCAGCGCCACUACGACCACGACUACCGCAGCUCCGAGACCCAGGCGCUGGUUAGCAAGUACCGCGCUAGCAGCAGAAGCAGUAGCGGCUAUCCUGCCCACACCUGCACCAGUGGUGGCUAUCCUGCCCACACAUGUAACAGUGGCUACGCACCCCACAUCUGUACGGGCCACGGCCUGACCAGCGCCAGAACCAGCACCAGCAGGGGCCUCACAGCGUCUUCCUACUCUGGGUUGGAGCAGAGCAGCCAGCUGACCAAGAGAGCCAAGGCCACACAUCUUGCGGUGGACAGGGAACACCACAUCAUCGGCUACGUAGUGCCGAUCUUCAGGGGCAGUCGGGAGUUUGCUGGUGGUUAUUCGGGUGUAGAAGAUUCACGCUUGAAGGCGACGUCUGCCUCCAUGUGGGGUCAGGAUCAUUUUACGAGUGGGCUGGAGAUGGAGAGGUCAGAGGUCAGCUCCAGGAAGGUGACCAUACGCGAAUCAGCUGAACGCAUCUCCCUCAGCAAAACGAUCUAUGAAAACGAGGAACACAGCAAGAGAAUGAACAAGGACAGCCUGAUGCACGCGCCAGAGUUUGUGAUCAAACCACGCUCACACACGGUGUGGGAGAACCAGAGUGUACGCCUACACUGCACCCUAAGCGGAUGGCCAAACCCACAUGUGGUGUGGUACAAAAACAAUGUGACCAUCGACCCCAUUGCCCACCCGGGCAAAUAUAAGAUAGAGAGCAGCUACAGUGUCCACUCCCUGGAGAUUGACAGAUGUGAUUUCGACGACACGGCGCAGUACCACGUGUCUGCCAUGAACGCAAAGGGGGAGCAGUCUGCUUACGCCUCGGUUGUGGUCAAGAGAUUUAAAGGAGAAAUGGACACGUCAGCACCUUCACCCAGACGGUCCUAUCCACGAGUGGGCCAGGUGUCUGAGUACGGCAUCACCUUUAAGACCCACAUCGUGGACACGUUUGGCGUCUCCUUCGGCCGGGAGGGCGAGACCAUGAGCCUGGGCUGCACGGUCAUCAUCCACCCCAACCUGGAGCGCUACCAGCCCGGCGUGGAGUGGUACCGCGACGACGUGCUGCUGGCGCCCAGCAAGUGGCAUCAGAUGCACUGGAGCGGCGACCGCGCCACCCUGACCCUCACGCACCUCAACAAGGAGGACGAGGGCCUGUACACCCUCCGCGUCACCACCAAGUCCGGAUACGAGACCUACUCUGCCUACGUCUUUGUCAGAGAUGCGGAUGCGGAGGUGGAAGGGGCCCCUGGGGCCCCCCUGGACGUGCGCUGUCUGGACGCCAACAAAGAUUACGUCAUUGUCUCCUGGAAGCAGCCGGCGGUGGACGGAGGGAACUCCAUCCUGGGAUACUUUGUGGACAGGUGUGAGGUUGGAACCAACCACUGGAUCCAGUGCAACGACACCCCCGUCAAGUUCGCCCGCCUCCCCGUCACCGGGCUGGUGGAGGGGCGGUCCUACGCCUUCCGCGUGCGGGCCGUCAACAAGAGCGGCAUGAGCCGCCCGUCACGCACCUCUGAACCCGUGGCCGCCGUGGACGCCGCCGACCGCGCCCGCAUGAGAGGAACCUCGGCCCCCGUGACUGGUCAGAUCAUCGUGACGGAGGAGGAGCCAGCAGAGGGCGUGGUUCCCGGGAAACCCCUUGAGCUGGAGGUGACCGAGGCGACCAAGAACUACGUGGUCCUGAGCUGGAAGCCCCCUGGAGAGAGAGGUCACGAGGGCAUCAUGUACUACGUGGAGAAGUGUGUGUCCGGGACGGACAGCUGGCAGAGGGUGAACACAGAGAUCCCGGUGAAGUCCCCCCGCUUCGCGCUGUUCGACCUGGCCGAGGGGAAGUCCUACAGCUUCAGGGUUCGCUGCUGCAACUCAGCCGGGGUGGGGGAGCCGUCCCCCCCCACCGAGGCCACCACCGUGGGAGACAAGCUGGAUGUCCCAGCCGCCCCAGAGCGUGUGGUGGCGACCAGGAACACAGCCACGUCGGUGGUGGUCUCCUGGGAGAAGUCCCGCCAUGCCAAGGACCUGGUGGGCUACUACAUAGAGACCAGCGUGGUGGGCAGCGACACCUGGGAACCCUGCAACAACAAGCCUGUACCAGGGUCCAGGUUCGUGUGCCAUGGCCUGGUGACCGGCGAGACCUACGUGUUCAAAGUGAGAGCGGUGAACGCUGCUGGUAUUAGCAUGAGCUCUCAGGAGUCUGAGCCAGUCCUGGUCAAGGCCGCUAUUGGGGGCGGCAUUCCUCACGGUGUGUUGCCGGAAAUGGGGCCGGGAGGGAACAGGGGCGGACUAACCCAGCACGGGCCACGCUGGACGGACACGCAUGACACUGUCCAGCCCCCCGCUGACACUACCAUGCUAAGGGGCAACGCUCUGACUGACACGCCCACGCCCACGGCUAAAGCCGAGGCGAGCGUCGCGGCUAAUGCUAAGGCUAAUGCUAACUCAGUUGAGUCCCAAUAUCCCGCCACUAAGAGUCCAAACAAAGGCGCAAAGCGAGGCAGCGUCUCUUGGGCCCCCGAACUGGAGUCGGGAUCAGGUUCAGUAUCAGACGUGGUCUCAAACACGCCCCUAGCGGCGCCCAUAACGGCGCCCAUAACGGCUCCAAUAACGGCGGCCAUAACGCCGCCAAUAACGGCGCUCAUAACCCCGCCCCUAGCCCCAGCCUGCAAUGGUGAGGAAGAGGCCAUAGGGGGCAGCAGAGAGCCGUUAGAAAAGCGUAAGUUCUCUGUAGACGCCACGGCACAAAGACCCAGGAGAGACUCGACAGCCUCCCCUGCGCCCCCGUUUGGCAUCAGCGUCCUGGAGUGUGUCCGGGACUCCAUGGUGCUGGGGUGGAAGCAGCCCGCCUUUGUGGGCGGUUCAGAUAUCAUCGGCUACUUUGUGGACUAUCGCGAGGUCUUUGACGGCUUGGAGGGCCAGUGGCACGAGGCCAACAUUCAGUCGGUCAGCGACAGAGCCUACAGGGUGUGCGACCUGAAGGAAAACAAGAAGUACCAGUUCCAGGUGCGUGCGGCCAACAUGGCGGGGGUCGGCAUCCCAUCGUUGCCUAGCAACACCUUCCUAUGUGAGGAGUGGACCAUUGCUGUGCCAGGACCCCCUCACGAUCUCCAGGUGACCGAGGUACGCAGCAGCUCCCUGGUGUUGCUAUGGAAGCCGCCGGUUUAUCAGGGUCGCGACGCGGUCAACGGCUUCUACGUGGACAUCAAGGAGGCGGGGGCGUCUGAGGAGGCGUGGCGAGGCAUCAACAAGAAGGCAACCGACAGCAAGUUCAUCAAGAUCGAGAACCUGCAGGAAGGGGAGAAAUACGUGUUCCGUGUGCGAGCUCAGAACAACGCUGGUGUAGGAAACGCUUCUGAGGUUACAGAGCCCACCCUGGCCGAGACCAAAGCAGGUACCAAGGAGAUCAUGGUGGAUGUUGACGACGAUGGCGUCAUCUCCCUGAACUUCGAGUGCUCUGCGAUGAGCGCCGAAUCUAAAUUCGUCUGGUCCAAGAACUACGAGGAGAUCUCAGACACCGAACGCAUCGCCGUAGAAACCAAGGGAAGCAAGGCCAAAGCCUCGUUCCUCGCCCCUGGAGAGGAAGACAUUGGUGUAUACUCCUGUUCUGUCACACACACCGACGGAGCCUCUGCCAGCUACGACCUCACAGCAGAAGAGCUCAAGAAGCUUCUGGAGACCAGCCACGACCACAAGUUCCCCAUUAUUCCCCUGAAGUCGGAGUUGGCGGUGGAGCUACAGGAGAAGGGACGUGUUCGUUUCUGGCUGCAGGCAGAGAAGAUAUCCGCCAAUGGAAAAGUGGAUUAUGUGUUCAAUGACAACAGUCUGUCUGCAGGAGAGAAGUACAAGAUGAACUUUGACAAGAACACGGGCGUGAUCGAGAUGAUCAUGGAGUCCCUGACGCCGAAGGAUGAGGGGACAUUCACCUUCCAGCUGCAGGACGGCAAGGCCACCAACCAGUCCAGUCUGGUGCUGAUAGGAGAUGUGUUCAAGGCUCUCCAGAAGGAGUCUGAGUUCCAGAUGAAGGAGUGGGUCAGGAAACAAGGUCCUCACUUUGUGGAGUACCUUGGAUUCGAGGUGACUCCAGAAUGCUGUGUGAUCCUCAAGUGUAAGGUGGGGAACAUCAAGAAGGACACAGUGGCGUUGUGGCAGAAGGACGGCCAAGAGAUCAAGUCUGACCAGCAGCUCAGCUUCACAGAGGGAGUGCUGAAGCUGGAGAUCGCUCAGCGCGGCGCCCGUGCAGUCGCUGGUACAGCGGACACAGUCGACACAGUCGACGACGUUACCUGGAGACAACUUAAAAUCUCCAAGAAGGACGCCGGUGUGUACAACAUCGUUCUUAAGGACGACAGAGGGAAGGACACGUCUACGUUGAAUCUGACUGAUCAAGGCUUCAGGGAUAUGAUGAAUGAAGUGUUCAGUGUAAUUGCUAACUCCUCCACUGCCCUGAAGAUCACGAGCACAGACGAGGGAAUCCGCCUCUACACCUUCGUCAGCUAUUACAACGACCUGCUCCAAGUCACAUGGCACUACAAAGACUCAGCCAUCUCCUUCUCGGACCGCAUUAAGAGCGGAGUGGUGGGCGAGCAGCUGUGGCUGCAGAUCAAGGAGCCCACGGAGAAGGACACGGGGAAGUACGCUAUCGAGUUCAACGACGGCAAGGGAGGCCUGCGCCGCACCGUGGAGCUGUCCGGACAAGCGUUCGACGAUGCCGUCGCAGAAUUCAAGAGACUGAAGGCUGCUGCUAUCGCUGAAAGAAACAGGGCCCGGGUGAAAGGAGGUCUGCCUGAUGUGGUCACCAUCCAGGAGGGGAAGGAUCUGAACCUGACCUGCAACAUCUCCGGUGACCCCGUGCCCGAGGUGACCUGGCUGAAGAACGAACGGGAGAUCGUGUCCGACGACCACUUACUCCUCAAGUUUGAGUCAGGGAAGUUCGCCAGCUUCAUCAUCACGAAGGUGAACUCGGAUGACUCGGGCAAGUACAGCAUCCUGGUGAAGAACAAGUUCGGGACGGAGAGCGGGGAAUUCACCCUGCAAGUGACGCAGGGGCCCGUAGACCUGGGCGUGACCUCCUACCUGACCGACCAGGACGGGAACGUGAUGGUGGGCCCAAACACGACGCCGCCAAAGAAACGGACGCCCGCUACAGCGGGAACCAAGCAGAAGCCAAGCGACUCGCCAGUACCAAAGACCCCUCCGCCCGGAAAACAAGUCGACGGCAGAGAGAAUGUGGAGCAGGUAAAGGAGACGGGGAAAACGGUGACGGAGGACACCGCUGAAACACUGCCCGCUCCGACCGCAACCGGGACCACGCCAGAGACACCGCAACACCCAGACGCAGAGCUCUGCGAUGAGGCUGCCUCGCCCUCCGGGUCACCCGAGGAAACCACGGCACAGUGACACGGUGUUGCCUAAUGUCACGGAGAGACUGAAACCACACAGUUGGCAGCGUUUACACAUGUCUUCAGGCUGCGUGGUUCAAUCGUCUUUAUUGUCCCUGAACAGGGAUGCUUUUCAUGCAAUAUUUUCGGUUGAAAAUGUGUAUACAGGUGGAACUGGUUCAGGUACAACAUGAAGGCUGGUUAGUUUGUAAUGAUAAAUGGUUACAUCUAGGAUCAGGGGUUGUUAUGGUUAUGUGUGCUGUUGGAAAUUGUCAAGUUGAAGGGUUGGGAUGGUAAGAUGAAGGAGUUAGGUAUAUUGCUAGAUAUCACGGGUAGAGAUGGUUAUGUCUCAUUAGGUAAGAGAGGUUUGUUUAAAGGGUUGUGGUUAAGUUCAGGCUGUGUGGGCUACCAGUUGUGUCUGUUUCAUAUCUCCACUAAUGCUGUUACUAAUUAAAACCAGUAUUAUAUCAUAAGGCUUGAAGUGCGCGUGUGGAUGUAACAUUACGUAUUAUUGUAUUAUUACAUCAGUGGGAUCCCUGGACACUCGUUCACAUUAACAGUGUUUAAAUAUUAACAAUUGCUCAAACAUCUGCCCUAAUGCAACGCAUGCAUCACCUCAUGUCAACUAUGUUAGCGUUCAGGUAUCACGUAUCAUCAAGCCAUAAUGUAACUUGUGUUUUUAAACCGGCCUGCUGGUGUGUUUGUAUGGGUGUGGUUGCCUCGAUGCCUGUUUAAUAGUUUGAGUUGCUUCAAUAAAGAGGGUGUAACGGCGUU